AUGGGAGCAUCUUCUUCUGGCUUGCUGGAUGAGGCAAAAAUCAGCAACAUCAAAGAGGAUGAGCAGGGUCUCACACUCACUCCUCCUGCAGACCCCUGGUGUGACCCCUCCUACGAGAGCCAGGCCUUCGUCCGAGCCCUCCGACUCUACCGACAGGACAAAGGAAGCUAUGAAUCCUGGGAAAUGCUGCUCGGCACAGAGGAACAAGUGCUGGCCUCACAGGUGAUGGAGGAAGUGUUGUCAUGGCUACAGAGUCAGCUUCAGUCCAGAGUGAAGGGCAAGAAGGCUGAGAGGAUUCGACAGUGGUUGGCAACAGUGCAGGCUAGCUACUCUCUGGUGCUGGAGCAACUCUCCGUCAGUCUGCAGGCUCUGAGGGCCGAGUGUCGCCAGACAGCGUCAGCCAAUCAGGCGCUGAUCAGAUCUAACCUGGACCAGAUCAUGUCCUCCCACUGCUUCCUGGAGGAGAAAGUCAAAGCAUGUAUAUGUGCAGAAGCAGAGAAAGUGUGUGGUGAGUGUGUGUCGCCCAACAUUUCCUCCAUCCUUGAAGCGCUCACUGAACACAUCAGUGCAGGGAUUCAGGGGAUGCAACUCACACUGCACACACAGAUGGACUCAGCCUUCACACACACUAAUGGAGGAACAGAGGAGACCAAGAAGGACUUGUCUCCGCUGCACUCCAUCAGACUGGACCAGAGCUACCGGCAGGUGGAGAGCCUGACGGAGAAGCUUGAGGAUGUGAAGCAGCGCUUCGGCCUGAGCAGCACCCAGAGGCUGGUCCACUGUGCCCACCUGCAGAUGGAGAAGCUCUUGGACAGUGCUGUGUACACGUUAGAUCUCUUCCUGCUUUCUUCAGCCCGACUGCAGCCUUCUCUGAUUCCUGUCAAGAUACAGCGAGCUAAAGAAAGAGUCCUGAAGGAUAGUUCAUUCUGA